AUGGUGUACGGAAAAUAUGCCAAAGUUUAUCUCAUUCUUCUUGUAUCUGUUGAUGCUUGCUUUGUGAUGAAGUCAUUGUCUUGUAAACAUACUGAGAAUCUACUACAAAAGGUGUAUACACAAAAUUAUUUUCAAAAAGAAAUAACACAAAGAUUUGGACUUAAUGGUCUUUUCGACCUAUAUAGAAAGAAGUUUUGGGAAUAUAGAAGUGGUGGUGAGGAGCAUGAAAUAUGUGAUUAUGAAAAUUAUCUUCUGGCAAAACACAUCUAUUUUAAUUCUGAAAAGAAUAAAGGAGUUCUAACUAUUCCUGAGAGAACUCAGUCUGGGUCACUCCCAUUUUUACAAUUGGAGGCUACUCUAGCAGAAUUUUUACAAGUUUUGAAAUGCAACAAUGUUCUAAAGAGGAAUACAAAAACCUUAAAGAGUGACAUUUGGGUGAAUAAACCCACUUCCCUGAAGCAUUUAUCAAGUAGUAUGGGAUUUAACAGUACUUGGAGAAGAGAAAAAAAUACUGAAUAUCAUCAAUGUGAAAGAUACUUCUCUAAAAAUUCAUUACAGCUCCCUCAACAAUUAAAUCUACUCUGUGACAAGUUCUACCAUUUAGGUCAACAUAAGAAACUUGGAACAUAUCAUGUGGGAGGUAGCUGUGGAAACUCCAACAGAGUAAAUGAUAGUAACACAGGCUACAUUAAAAACCCUUUUCUGAAGUAUUGCCAAAACAAUCAACAUGAAUGGAUUUUAUACCAAGGUGAUGUCAUAUUAUAUGAUUCUCAUCAUGAAACAAUUCUAAGUAAAAAUGAGAUAAGUAAAUGUAUUUCAGAAAAUCAUUAUAACCAUGAUAGUAGACUGGCUAUGUCUAAUCACUGCUCUCAGUCAUCUUUGCAACAGCAGGAUCAUACCACAGGGAACCUUUAUAAAAAUGACUGGCAGGAUGACAUUUUAAAUGAUUCCUUAAUACUUCAGGUUUAUAACAGAAUGUGGACUAAAGGAUAUUUCAACAAAUAUACAUGUGAUACAUACAGGAAUGCUUUAAUUGAAUCGUUAUACUUAGAGAAAGAUAACAUAAAACACAUUAAAAAACAACUUUCCCAGGCCCCAGGAUAUAAUAAGGUCUUUAAUUUCAAUUCCAAUGUCAUUCAACAUGGUUCAAACCAUAAUGGAGAGGGAAUACAGAAAGUCAAAGUACAUAUGUAUGGUUUUUUCAAUAUACGAAAUCUCUUGAGACAUUCAAAUUUAUCAGUUGAAGAAAAACCUUCAAAAUAUAAAACACCAGAGAAAUGUUCCAGUAAAUCCUCAGGCCUUAUGGUAUUUCAAGAUAGAGGAAAACCAUGGAAAUGUGUGCAAUGUGGCAAGUCCUUUGCUCAGUAUUCAGCUCGUCAAAACCCUCACAGGAUCUGUACUGUAAAGAAACUGUAUAGUUGUAAGGAAUGUUCAAAAUCAUUUACUUGGUUCUCAAAACUUCAAGCUCGCCACAGAAUACACACUACACAGGAACUUUAUAAAUCUAAUAAGUGUGGGGAAUCAUUUACCCAGUCAUCAAAUCUUCAAGUUUAUCAGAGAAUCCACCACACAGGAGACAAGCCUUACAAAUGUAAUGAAUGUGGUAAAUAUUUUACCCAUUCCUCAAGUCUUAAAGAUCACCAGAGAAUCCAUACAAGAGACAAACCUUACAAAUGUAAUAACUGUGGGAAAAGUUUUAUAAAGUCCUCAGGUCUUAAAAGGCACUACAGAAUCCACACAGGAGACAAACCAUACAAGUGUAAUGAAUAUGGUAAAUAUUUUACCCAGUCUUCAAAUCUUCAAGUUCAUCAGAGAAUCCACACAAAAGACAAACAUUACAAAUGUAAUGAAUGUGGUAAAUAUUUUGCCCAUUCCUCAAGUCUUAAAGAUCACCACAGAAUCCAUACAAGAGACAAAACUUAUAAAUGUAAUAACUGUGGGAAAAGUUUUAUACGGUCCUCAGAUCUUAAAGGGCACUAUAGAAUCCACACAGGAAACAAGCCUUACAAAUGUAAUGAAUGUGGUAAAUAUUUUACCCAGUCCUCAAGUCUUAAAGAUCACCACAGAAUCCACACAGGAGACAAACCUUACAAAUGUAAUAACUGUGAGAAAAGCUUUUUAUGUCCCUCAGAGCUUAAAACUCACUACAGAAUCCACACAGGAGACAAACCUUACAAAUGUAAUAACUGUGGGAAAAGUUUUACACAGUCCUCAAGUCUUAAAACGCACUACAGAAUCCACACAGGAGACAAACCAUACAAAUGUAAUGAAUGUGGUAAAUAUUUUACCCAGUCUUCAAGUCUUCAAGUUCAUCAUAGAAUCCACACAAAAGACAAACCUUACAAAUGUAAUGAAUGUGGUAAAUAUUUUGCCCAGUCUUCAAAUCUUCAAGUUCAUCAGAGAAUCCACACAGGAGACAAACCUUACAAAUGUAAUGAUUGUGGUAAAUAUUUUGCCCAUUCCUCAAAGCUUAAAACGCACUACAGAAUCCACACAGGAGACAAACCAUACAAAUGUAAUGAAUGUGGUAAAUAUUUUACCCAGUAUUCAAAUCUUCAAGUUCAUCAGAGAAUCCACACAAAAGACAAACAUUACAAAUGUAAUGAAUGUGGUAAAUAUUUUGCCAGUUCCUCAAGUCUUAAAGUACACCACAGAAUCCACAAAGGAGACAAACCUUACAAAUGUAAUGAAUGUGGUAAAUAUUUUACCUGAUCUUCAAGUCUUAAAGUUCACCCCAGACUUCAUACUGUAGACAAACCUGUUAAAGGUAAUUAGUGUGGGAAAUCAUUUACACAGUCCUCAAAACUACAAGCUUCCCACAGAAUACACACUGAACAUCGACCUUAUAAAUCUAAUAAUUGUGGGAAAUCAUUUAUCCAGUAAUCAAGUCCUCUAGCUCACCACAGAGUCCAUACAAGAGGCAAACAGGCAAAUGUAAUUAAUGUGGAAAAAGCUUUAUAUAGUCCUCAGAUCUUAUCAAUUACUACAUAA